AUGACAAGUGUGAACGCCAUGGAAGACGAAAGUUGUAACGAUACGCACUAUUUUGUAGAACAUCAGCAAGUAUCUGAUCUGAUCCAGAAACUAAUCUGUACAAAGCAUUUAACAUCCGAGGGCACUAUCAAUCAUGAGUUUCUAGCAGUUCACUCUACUAUCAUUCGAAUUCUCGACAGAUAUUUAGAACAAUCAAAUCUACUCGAUCCUUAUUUCCAUGAGAUAUUGGACCCUAUUAUAAAGGAGAUUCUCUAUCUACUAGCGACCAGCACAAUACUAUCAAGACCUCCUCAUACAACAAAUGAUCCAGUACUAUCAUCAUCUCAAGUAUCUCAUGAUCCAAGACUGGACAAAUUCUUUCAACUUGUGUACCAAUUGUGUAAACUCCGUGGCUACAAGACAAUUCUCAAGUAUCUACCACAUGAUGUGAUCCAUUUUGAACCAAUUCUUCAAUUACUCCAGACUCAAGAUUCAAGUGAUUAUACUACAUGGGAGACACGUUAUGUGGUCUUAUUAUGGCUCUCAAUACUUUGUCUCGUACCAUUUGAUCUCAAUACGAUUGAUUCCUCAACGUGUCAUACAAAUAUGAAUGACGUGAGUGACAAGAAUUCAAUGCCCAUUGUAUCCAGUAUUAUGACACUUUGUCUCAAGUAUUUUGAGGAUUCAGGUCCGACUCAAAUUGCAGCAGCAGUUUGUUUAUCCCGAUUACUUAGUCGACCUGACAUGGAACAUCAUUAUUUAAUCCAGUUUCUCACAUGGUCGAAUCAAGAACUUCUUCUUGCAUCGGAAAAUACGGAUAUGCGGGUAUUGCAAUUUAAAGUGACUGGAAUUAUGCUCUGUCUUGCUCACAUUGCCAAGAACUCGCCACGAAAGCAACAUAUUGAAGCCAGUCGUAUCUAUUUUGCCUCGGUGAUGCGGCUAGUAGCUCACUUGACGGAGGGAAAUGCACGAUUGGAUCGUCCAAAGAGCAGCACGUUGCAUCGCAAACUAAGUAUCAAGCUUGUGCAACGCCUUGGACUACUUCACUUGCCACCAAAAGUACGUUCAUGGCGCUAUAGCCGUGGGUUACGAUCGUUGGAGCUUACUCUGCAGUCAUCGGGACUAGCUGAGAGCAACGUUGUGAUUUCAACCUCGCAAACUUGUCAUGCCGAUAAGACUAACAAAGAUAACGAUGAUGAUGCGCUUGAAGUGGUGGAAGAGCUGGAACAGAUAGUUGAGGUGCUGUUGUGUGGAUUACGAGACAGAGAUACAGUGGUGCGAUGGUCGGCAGCGAAGGGUAUUGGGCGGAUCACUGGCCGUUUGCCGUAUGAGUUUGCAGACGAUAUUGUCCAGUCUGUGCUCGAAUUCUUUGUGGCCACGGAAGACAAUGGUGCUUGGCAUGGUGCUAGUCUGGCACUGGCAGAACUUGCUCGCCGUGGUGUCUUGAUACCUCAGCGCUUACCAGAAGCAGUGGAAUGUGUUGCUAAUGCACUGAAGUACGAUAUUCGAAAGGGUACAUACAGCAUUGGCUCUCAUGUCCGCGAUGCUGCUUGCUAUGCGUGUUGGUCGUUUGCACGCGCGUACGAACCCUCUCUCCUCUUGCCUUGGCUAAAACAAGUCCUUGCACCAGCAAUGCUGGUAAACUGCGUCUUUGAUCGCGAGUUAAACUGCCGUCGUGCUGCGUCUGCAGCUUUUCAAGAAAACGUUGGCCGGCAAGGAAGCACGAACUUUCCAAGCGGUAUUGAUUUGCUUACCAAAGCAGAUUAUUUCUCAGUGGCGAAUGUACGUCACGCGUAUCUGGACGUGAGUGUCUUUGUCGCAAAGUAUCCGGAAUAUCGAUAUCCGUUAUUAGAGCAUCUCAUCAGUUCUAAGAUAGGUCACUGGGAUGUUCAGAUCCGCGGUCUUGCUGCUGCUGCGCUAGGUAAGAUAGGUGCAUUAGAUCCGCCAAAUGCCAUGAUUCACUUGUUUCCACGACUACUUGAAUUUUCUCUCUCUCCAGAUGUCGAAGUAAUUGUUCGUCAUGGUGCUGUGAUCAGUAUUGCGGACCUUCUCAUGUGUCUGUCCCAGGUCCCUGUGUAUAUUGAUGGAGAGCUGCAAAAGAAGAUCAAGAUGCUGCCCAUUGAAGUUGACAGACGCCGUUUGUUUCGUGGACGCGGUGGUGAGAUGAUUCGAAGUGCUAUUUGCAAUGUGAUUGAAGUGAUAUCGAUUUCUCGAUUUAGUCUUGGAUUUGCUCAUGUGAAGAAAUAUCUGGCGAUGCUUGAAGAAUGCUUUGUGCACCCUAAUGAAAGCGUUCGUGAAGCUGCUAUUGAUGCUUUUGGUGCUUUCACUGCUUACUACUGCCCAAAGAUUUAUGAAAAGGGCAGCCCCUUGCACGUAAAAUACAUGCAAGAGUUGAUACCACGAUUUAUUAACUCAGGAAUCAUGGUAGCAUCCAAAGAGAACGAUGAUUCUGUCAAAGUGCUGAAUCCGAAUGUUGCUGCACGGCGAGGUUUUUUGCGUGCUGUAGGUGUCGCGGCUAAGGAGUUGAUCCAGCCUUGCCUAAAAGAGGCGUUUGCUGCGAUCUUUCGAUCGAUUUUGCUUCAAGAACGUGCUACAGAAGAUGAGGACCCUGGGAGUCGAGUGGCUGCAGUUCAAGCUUUGGUGGAUCUGAGCUCUCGACCUCCAGCUGAGCUUGAUUUAGACGGCAUAGAAGAUGAUGUUAUCCAGACACUCGUUCGAUGUAUCCAUAACGAUUAUCGGCUAGACGAGCGCGGAGAUGUGGGCUCCUGGGUCCGCAAAGAAUCAAUGAUUGGCAUCGAGAAACUACUUCUUGGCGAGACUACACACACGCGAAAACACAAUCUUUGGCCGGUGGGUGCAGUCGUGCAAACAAAGUAUGGCCGCGGUGUCAUAAUUGAUAGUUUGUCAGCUCGAAAACGCAAGACUGACGAAGUUGGCAAUGCAUCUGAGUUUGGCCCAGUAUGCUACGUCAAAUUUGACAAGCCAGCUUUUGGCUAUUAUUACUUUGGCCCUACCGGAGUAGGCCUUCUCCAUGUAGCAGAGGAAGCAGUCCAGAGUUCUGAUACAGGGACUGUUUGCAUCGCAGCGCAUACGAGAUCGGAGCAAGCAUCGUCGACGGCGUUUGCUCGACGAUUGUCCCUCAAUACUGUUGUCGCAAUUUUUGGAGCUCUUGCCAAGCAAUUAGCUGAAAAGCUGGAUAACAUAAGGAUGACAUCAGGAGGCAUACUAUUCCGAUUGCUUCACUCAACUUCUCCUCGCAUUGACAAUAUCCCCAAUCGCUCCGAGCUUGAAGAGAUUCUUCCAGCAACGUUGACAGUAAACUGGUCCGUAGCCCAUGAUACUUUUCCGUUAGUUGUGAAAAUGAUGGAUAUACCGGGCUUUCUGGAGGAAAUUACCGCGGGCCUCGUCAUCAGUGUCGGUGGCUUGACUGAAAGUGUCGUGAAGGCUUCAAAGAGUGCUCUUUUUGUUUGGGUGCGCGCACAUUUGCAGUCAAAGGAUUACAAUUUGCUCAGCCGAUUCAGCUUUUUCUUGGUGACAUUGCUGACUCACCACCACCAGGAUGAUCGUGUUACAAUCCCACUUAUGAAAACGAUGGCCCUGUUGCUGGAGUCCAACCUCUUGCGCUUUCUUUUUGAUAUACGCCAAACGGACGACGGUAAUCGAACAACAACAGCAGGCUUUGGAGGACGUCUAUAUGAUGCACUUCGUGAUGAGAUUCAAAGGUGUGCCUCAAUCUCAAAGCUAAGUGCUGCAAUUAGUGUACUGGUUGGUUUACUUCCAAGUGACCCUGAAACUGAAAGCAAAACCUUGCGAGCUCUCGUGUUGUUUCUGGGUCACAAGUUUCCAAAAGUGCGAAAGCUGACUGCUGAAAGGCUCUACACGCGACUCCUCCUACACGACAAAAUUGUUCACGAAGACAAGUCCGACAAUGUGGUCGAGAUCUUAAGUGACACGGCAUGGGACGCUUCGAUUCCGCAAGUGCGUAUUGCUCAAAAUGAGUUGGCAAAGCUUUUUGGCAUGGAACUGCGGCGGUCGAAAGAAGGGAGGAUCGCACCCGCAGAAUCAGCAAUAGCAACACAGGAAGAGCCAACCUACAAGACCCUUAUCAAGGAAAUGGGCUAUUAG